AUGGCAAAAUUUGGCUCUCUUGACGAACUGCGGAAGAAGGAGGAAGAAGACAAAGAGAACUCCAACAGUUACGUGGGGGGAGACAAGAGUGGCCUUGCGGUUGAACACCCGGACUCCAGCAAAGAUGCCUGGCAACGCAUGCAACAGCUCGCGUCGAGCGGUGCUGCAGGUUCAGGUCCUUUGCCCGCUGAUCAUCGAGUAGUUACAGUUUACCGCAAUGGGUUCACGGUUGGGGAUGGACCUUUCCGGCCCUUGUCUGAUCCGCUCAACAAGAAGUUCAUGGACGAGAUGGCAGCAGGACGUUGUCCCGCGGAACUGCAGGCCCAGGCAGGCUCCAACGAACCCGUUCAUGUUGCUGUUCAAGACAAGCGCGGAGAAGAUUACAAGGAGCCAGCUGCACCUUCGUAUGUGAAGUUCUCUGGAGAGGGAAAUACACUGGGUGGCAGCUCUUCUUCAACGGCUGCGGUUGAGGCCGACAAAGCAUCAAUGACGGUCUGGGACCGACAUUUGCGAAUUGUGGGAGCAGGGUGA